UCGCAAAAUGAUUGUGUUAGCAAGCUUGCUAGCUGCUAAUUAGCCAAGGCAGUCCUUUUGGAAGCUUGCAGUAGCUAACAGCUAGCCAUCCCUACCCAUAUAGGCAGCCAGCUAUUUAGACAGCUAUUUUGAAGUGUGUUUCCGUUUCAUUUGAAAGGUAUGAGAAAGCGGUGUCGCGCGCUGACACCAUGGCGAGUUGGUUCAGAAUGUUAUACUGUAGCAGCUGUGUUGUUACUAGUACUAGCUGACUGUGCAGAGCAAUGCUAAACUUGCCUAACCGGGAGUAGGAACAAAAUGUCGGCCAGGCAGGGUUCCUCUAACUAAGAGCGCAGCAAUGGAGGAGACUGUCAUAUGGGAACAGCACACAGUGACUCUGCACAGGGCACCAGGGUUUGGCUUUGGGAUAGCCAUCUCAGGCGGUCGGGAUAACCCUCAUUUUCAGAGCGGCGAGACCUCCAUCGUUAUCUCAGAUGUCCUGAAGGGAGGCCCUGCAGAAGGCCUUCUGCAGGAAAAUGACAGAGUUGUGAUGGUCAAUGCUGUCUCCAUGGACAACGUGGAGCAUGCGUACGCGGUCCAACAGCUUCGGAAAAGUGGGAAGAAUGCGAAAAUCACCAUCAGGAGGAAGCGGAAGGUCCACGUUCCCAUGAGUCGCCUGGGCGAGAGGGAGACCAUGUCUGAGCACGACGAGGAGGAGGACAGCUACGACGAGGAGAUCUACGAGACGAGGAGCGCUCGGAGCGGCCCCAGCGCGUACGGCGGGGCCACGGGUCGCCGCAGCGGACGCAGCGCCGGGCGACGGGACCGCGACAGGGAGCGCGAGCGCAGCGGCUCCAGAGACAGGAGCAUCUCCCCGCGCUCAGACCACCGCUCCAUCAACCUCCCCCCGCGGCCCGCCAAGGUCACCCUCGUCAAAUCCCGCAAAAAUGAAGCAGAAUAUGGCCUGCGCUUGGCCAGCCACAUCUUCGUGAAGGACAUCUCCCCUGAGAGCCUGGCGGCCCGGGACGGCAACAUCCAGGAGGGGGACGUGGUGCUGAAGAUCAAUGGCACAGUGACAGAAAACCUCUCCUUGAUAGACGCUAAGAAGCUGAUUGAAAGGUCAAAGGGCAAGCUAAAAAUGGUGGUGCAGAGGGAUGAGAGAGCGACGCUGCUAAACAUUCCGGACAUGGACGACAGUAUCCCCUCCGCCAACGCCUCCGACAGAGACGACAUUUCAGACAUCCAUUCGCUGGCGUCCGACCAUUCCACCCGAUCACACGAGCGCCAUCGCAGCAGCCGCUCCCGGUCCCCGGACAGACAGGAGCCCUCGGAACACUCCAGACACUCACCUCCGCAGAUCAGCAACGGCAGUCACAGGAGUCGGGAAGAUGAGAGGAUCUCUAAGCCCAUCCCCAUGUCAGCCAAGCUGGCCGAAGAGCUUCCUAGCCCCAAGCCCCAGGAGCCGUCCGGGGGCCGUGACGAUAAACUGCUUCCCCCUCUCCCAGAGCCCAAACCAGUGUACGCCCAGCCCGGCCAGCCUGAUGUAGACCUGCCUGUCAGCCCCUCUGAUGCCCCAGUGCCCAGCGCCGCACACGAUGACAGCAUCCUCAGGCCGAGCAUGAAGCUGGUGAAGUUCAAGAAGGGAGAGAGUGUGGGCCUGCGGCUGGCGGGGGGGAACGACGUGGGCAUCUUCGUGGCCGGGGUGCUGGAGGACAGCCCCGCAGCCAAGGAGGGUCUGGAGGAGGGGGAUCAGAUACUCAGGGUUAACAACGUGGACUUUGCCAACAUCAUCCGAGAAGAGGCGGUGCUGUUCCUGCUGGACCUUCCUAAAGGUGAAGAGGUCACUAUCCUGGCCCAGAAGAAGAAGGAUGUGUAUCGGCGGAUUGUGGAGUCUGACGUGGGCGAUUCCUUCUACAUCCGCACCCACUUUGAGUAUGAGAAGGAGUCUCCUUACGGCCUGAGCUUCAACAAGGGGGAGGUGUUCCGUGUGGUCGACACCCUCUACAACGGCAAGCUGGGCUCCUGGCUCGCCAUCCGCAUCGGCAAGAACCACCAGGAGGUGGAGCGGGGCAUCAUCCCCAACAAGAACAGAGCAGAGCAGCUGUCCAGCGUGCAGUACACCCUCCCUAAAACCGCGGGGGGCGACAGGGCUGACUUCUGGAGGUUCCGCGGCCUGCGCAGCUCCAAGAGGAACCUGAGGAAGAGCCGGGAGGACCUGUCGGCCCAGCCCGUCCAGACCAAGUUCCCCGCCUACGAGAGGGUGGUUCUGAGAGAGGCUGGUUUCCUGAGGCCUGUGGUUAUAUUUGGGCCGAUCGCAGAUGUUGCGAGGGAGAAGCUUGCCAGAGAGGAGCCUGAUCUGUUUGAGCUAGCCAAGAGUGAACCAAGAGACGCUGGCACAGACCAGAGGAGUUCGGGAAUCAUCCGUCUUCACACCAUCAAGCAGAUCAUUGACAGAGACAAGCAUGCGGUGCUGGACAUCACGCCUAACGCGGUGGACAGGCUGAACUACGCCCAGUGGUACCCCAUCGUGGUGUUCCUCAACCCCGACAACAAGCAGGGGGUGAAGAACAUGAGGACCCGACUGUGCCCCGAGUCCAGGAAGAGCGCCAGGAAGCUGUAUGAGCGCGCCCUCAAACUUAGGAAGAACAACCACCACCUGUUCACCACCACCAUCAACAUGAACAACAUGAACGACGGCUGGUAUGGAGCCCUGAAGGAGACGACCCAGCAGCAGCAGAACCAGCUGGUCUGGGUGUCCGAGGGCAAGGCUGACGGGGCGCCCGAGGACGACCUUGACAUCCACGACGACCGCCUGUCCUACCUGUCGGCCCCGGGCAGCGAGUAUUCCAUGUACAGCACGGACAGCCGCCACACCUCCGACUACGAGGACACGGACACGGAGGGCGGGGCCUACACCGACCAGGAGCUGGACGAGACCCUGAACGACGAGGUGGGCCUGCCCACGGAGCCCGCCAUCACCCGCUCCUCCGAGCCCGUGCGAGAGGACCCGCCCGUCAUCCAGGACGCCCCCGGUUACCCCGGCUAUCAGCACCCCGUGCAGCCGGACCCCGCCAACCGCAUUGAUCCUGCUGGGUUCAAAAUGGCCGCCCCUCAGCAGCAAGACGAGACUGAGGCUGCUCUGGUCAUGCCCUCGCCCCUCUGGGCCUCGGCAGCGCCCCCUGCUGUUGAGCAACCUGUACUGCUAGAGGGUAUGAGCCCAGAGGAGGCUCCCACUGGAGCGCCAGCUCCUCAGGCCCCGCCCCUUAGCAGCCCCGCCCCCGAGCUAGCCCCACCCCCACCACCACACGAAUCCCUCCCGUCUGGGCCAGAACCACAGAUGUACAAAAAAGAUCUGUACAGCAUGGAGGAGUCUGUGCGUGUGAACCAUGGCCUGAAGCCGUCCCUGAGCUACAGUCACCAGCCCUCGUACCCUGACAAACAGCCAUACCGCGACUACGACCACCCGCCUUACGGAUACAACACGGGCGCCGGCGGCUUCGCAGAACCAAAGCCUCUCAACUUCGACUCUCACCUGCACCACUACGACGACCGCGUGCCUAACUACGACGACCAGUGGCCCCCCUACGACCAGCAUACCUCGCCCCAGCCUCCGGGCUACCAGCCGGGCCCCCAGCAGCCCCCCCUGGGCUACAGCCCCCGGCCCCCCUACGAGGACGGCCCAGGGAGGGACUACAGCCCCCCCCAGCCACGCUACGACGGCGCCCCCCCGGUGGGGUACGACGGCCGGCCGCGGCACGGCAAGGCGGGGCCCGUGCGCUACGACGAGCCCCCGCCCGCCGCGGGGUACGAGGCCCGCUCGCCCUACGAGCCAGAGAGCCACAGCUUCCCCAUCAACUCCCCUCGCUCUCCAGAACCCCCCAAGCAGUAUUACAGCGACUCCGCCUCACGGCCCCCCUACAACCCUGGGCCUCCUAACAGGGGCUACAAGCCAGGGAUGCACGAGCCCGUCAUGAACUCUGAACCCCCCCUGCCCCCUCCCAAACCAGAAGCCCUGUCCUCGCCAGGAGAGCCCGGCAUGUCCGCCGGCCCUAAGCCCCUCCCCCCACCGCCGAGGGCGGAGCCUGAAGACGACCCCGCCAUGAAGCCCCAGUCGGUCCUCAACAGGGUGAAGAUGUUUGAGAACAAGCGCUCCGUGUCUGUGGACCGGGCCAAGGACGCGGGAGACGGCACCGUCCUCAGACCUGCCGAUGCUCCCAAACCUGUCAUUGCGCCCGGGCCAGUCCUCAAAGCCAACUCCCUCAGCAACCUGGAGCAGGACAAGUCUACAUACAGAGACCCAGAGCCUCAGAAGCCUCAGUCCAAACCUCUGGAUGACACGGUGCGCUCCAACCACUACGACCAGGACGAGGACGAGGAGUACUACAGGAAGCAGCUGUCCUACUUCGACCGCCGGAGUUUUGACAGCAAGGCCAUGCAGCCUGGCCCGGGGGUCAACCGCUUCCAUGAGCUGGCCAAACCCGCCCAGCUGACCUAUCCUUACAAUAGGGCGGAGUCCGUGGAGAAGGUGAGUCCUGUGGAGAAGAGGUACGAGCCCCUGCCUCAGAUCAGCCCCUCCUCCCAGUAUGGGCCGCCCACCCCCGCCAUCCCACCCAACACGCUGCCCAAGCUCAGCGCCAACGAGGUGAACUCCCUCCCUGAUGCCCUCUGCUCCCCCAACCCCAAACUUGAGGUCGCCCUACGGCCCCCAACCAGGGAGGACCCCCUCCAGGGGAACUACCUCUCCCAGAAGUCCCCCGUCAAUGGCACAGACGCUCCCCCCAAAAUCCUGGGCGCCCCCACACCCACCAGCUACAACCGCUACAUCCCCCGGCCGUACACCAGCUCGGCCCGGCCCUUCGAGCGCAAGUUCGAGAGCCCCAAGUUCAACCACAACUUGCUGCCCAACGACACGCAGGCCAAGACGGAGCUGGUCAGCAAGCCCAGCCUGGUCAACAACAACAGCAGCAGCAGCAAACCUCAGCUGUCCCCACAGCCCCAGGACCACGACAGCGGCCUGGACACGUUCACUCACACCAUGGAUAACAGGCCCAAGUACCAGCACAACAACGUUAACGCCAUCCCCAAGGCUAUCCCUGUCAGCCCCAGUGCGCUGGAGGAUGACGAGGAGGAUGAAGGGCACACGGUGGUGGCCACGGCUCGGGGGAUCUUCAACUGUAACGGAGGGGUCCUGAGCUCCAUGGAGACUGGCGUCAGCAUUAUCAUUCCCCAGGGGGCCAUCCCAGAGAGCGUGGAGCAGGAGAUCUACUUCAAGGUGUGCCGGGACAACAGCAUCCUGCCUCCCCUCGACAAGGAGAAAGGAGAGACUCUGCUCAGCCCCCUGGUGAUGUGUGGUCCUCACGGACUCAAGUUCCUGAAGCCCGUGGAGCUGCGCCUGCCUCACUGUGCGUCUAUGACCCCUGAUGGUUGGUCUUUUGCUCUAAAAUCCUCCGACUCCUCGUCGGGUGACCCGAAGACUUGGCAGAACAAAUCUCUUCCAGGAGAUCCUAACUACCUGGUGGGCGCUAACUGUGUGUCUGUGCUAAUCGACCACUUCUGAAGAGGGCAACAGCUGGUCUGUUACUGAAUGUGAAUAUCAGGGGAUCACCGUUGCCCCCCCUCCUCCUGUGACCCCCUCCCCUCCCACUUCCUCGGACCAGAGCAGUGGUGGUCUGCGCUGCUUGAUGAAGAUUGAACUUCUCGCUCACAUUGUUUACUGUGCCCCCCCCCCCCCCAAAAAAAAUAAUAAUUAUAAAAUAAAACAUUACAAGGAGUGGGAGGAGUCAAUGUGGAGUGGGAGGAGUCAACGUGGAGUGGGAGGAGUCAACGUGGAGUGGGAGGGGUCAACGUGGAGUGGGAGGGGUCAAUGUGGAGUGGGAGGAGUUGACGUGGAGUGGGAGGAGUCAAUGUGGAGUGGGAGGAGUCGACGUGGAGUGGGAGGGGUCGACGUGGAGUGGGAGGAGUCAAUGUGGAGUGGGAGGAGUCAACGUGGAGUGGGAGGAGUCAACAUGGAGUGGGAGAAGUCCAGCUGUUCCCAGGGCUGUGCUCUUUUUCUUUCAGUUUUUUGGUGCUUUAAGGCAAAAAAUACAAAUAAAAACAAGUUGUAUAAAAAAAAUUGAACUGUUGUUGGAAUGCAUGACCCGUGCCACAGACUGAAUAAUCUCAUUUUGACAUUUUUAGCCAAUUUUAAAACUAUAAAAGAAGAAAAAACGGUCUGAGCGGUGCAAGAAAGGAAGAAUCUUGAAAUUUAUUUAAUAUUGCUAUGAGAAUUGUACUUAUGCACUCACAAACAGAAAAGUUGGUAUAUGCAAAACUUUUUUGUUUGUGAGGUCUGUGGUCAUGCGUUUCUUUCUGGAAGGAUCUUUAAAGACUUGUGAGAUGCUCAGCCUGUCACAAGGGUAAUGAAGGACGUAGGCAUCAUGAAGAUACUGUAUAAAAAUAAUAUACUAUAUGAAGAUGGAUGUAUUGGAAUUGGAUGUCCCUUGUUUGUUCCCUAUGGGCUCAAUGUGUUUAGAACUGAUCUUUUGUAGCCGUUUUACCGUAGAUAAAUGUACUGACUUGAUUUACCAACUCCUGCUGUCUAGAGAUCUAUGCAUGUGCAAUGACUCAGGUCCAGAAUCCUGCUACUACUAAGUUCAACACAUAAGUCCCAUCUUACACUGCAAGCAGUGAUGCCUUAUCUGCAUAUAAACUUUUCAGUAAAACUUAAAAACAUCGGAUCUUUUUAAGUUGUAGAGGUCAAUUAUGAAAGAAAUAAACAGUUGUCUGCAUUCUUAACUCAUUAUAUCAAUGAACUUGGAUUUAGCACACAAGAAUAAUUGAGGCUGAUGAAAAGGUAUGCUUUCUGUUACUGCUAUGCAUAUGAAGUCAGAGGAAAUACAAAACACUAGAAAAUUGUACAAUUAAUUGUGGCUGUACAUAUUGCUAGCAUAUGGCCUUGGUUCUCUGUAAAUGAACUUUUGUACAUCUUUGUUAUUUUGUAUAAAAGAGGAAAAAUGUUUCUUAAAAAAGACAAAGCAAUUACAUUGGUUAUGUUUAUAUUCUGGUUAUACCCCUGAGCCUUGGACUGAUCUAAGCAGUAAUAAAUCCAACUUUUCUACCACAUAUACACAAUACUUAAAGGCAUUUUUAACAGUCAGAAAACUUUUUAUUCUUAUUUACAAAAUAGAAAAGUGCUUGGUUUAAAAGAUCUGUACUCCAGAGGGGUCUGCUUUAAAGAGUCGGCCCUCCUUUGUUUGUGAUACUGGAUGCUGUAUUGUGUGCCCUGAAAUGUAUUUUUGUACUAAUAGACAAUUUAUUAUGGCACAUCAGUACAAUUUUGUUUUGAUAUGAUAACACUGCUUUAAUCCAACACUAGUUUCUUUUCCUGUUUGGCUGGCAUUCUCUUUAUUUAUUUUUUAUUUUUGUUCAAUGUUUUUCUUUCCUUUGCAACACAUUUCUAAGUAUACCACUGUAUUAAUAAAUAAAAUCAUUUUUAAAGUAA